UGGACGGAAGUGGCUGUGUGACUGCAGUAAUGCCACGGGCUGUGCCCUUAGAGACAGUUCAAACGACCAGGUCUGUGUUGUGUAUAUUCUACCGCAAUGAACAAAGAAGAAAAAAGGAAACUGGUAAAUGCUGUUGUCACAGAGAACCACUGUCCAUUUCCGGACACGGCCCGAGCCUUCUCCCUGUGCACUGAGGGGUGGGCGUGCAGGCCCCGGGACCUCAGUGCACUGUCCUCUUGCCCUCAGCAUCAUCAGCUGGUUCAUGCGCAGCUUCAAGUACGUGUACGGCCUCCGCUUCAAGGUGAAGGGCCAGGAGAAGCUGGACGUGGACCAGCCCUGUGUCAUCAUCUCCAACCACCAAAGCAUCCUCGACAUGAUGGGCCUCAUGGAGGUCCUCCCCAAGCGCUGCGUGCAGAUCGCCAAGCGGGAGCUGCUCUACCUGGGCCCCGUGGGCCUCGUCAUGUACCUCGGGGGCGUCCACUUCAUCAACCGGCAGCGCUCCAGCACCGCCAUGACCAUGAUGGCCGAGCUGGGCGAGCGCAUGGUCAGGGAGAACCUCAAGGUGUGGAUCUACCCCGAGGGCACACGCAACGACAACGGCGAUCUGCUGCCUUUUAAGAAAGGUGCCUUCUACCUGGCGAUCCAGGCCCAGGUGCCCAUCUUGCCCGUGGUCUACUCCUCCUUCUCCUCCUUCUACAACACCAGGACGAAGCUCUUCACCUCAGGAACAAUGACGGUGCAGGUGCUGGACGCCAUCCCCACCAGCGGCCUCACCCAGGCAGACAUCCCCACGCUUGUGGACACCUGUUACCAGGCCAUGAGGAGCACCUUCUUCCACAUAUCCAAGAUGCCCCAGGAGAACAGGGCCGCCGCAGGGCCUGCUGUCGAGCCAGCCCAGUAGCCUGGGCCACAGGCCGGGGCCGACCUGGGGGAGGGUGGGCAGGAGGAAGGCGGCUGGAGAAUGCACAGGGAUCCUUGCCCAGGCUGCCAGAUGUCACUGUGUCUGGCUUCCCUGGCUCCCCCGACUUUCAUUUGGGCCCCGGAAGCAGGAAGCCCCUUCUGCCGCUGACCUCAGACCCAGGCACUUGACGUCUCCUCCAGGAGAAUCAGCCGGACCCUCCAGGCUCUGAGGCAGGGACUCGUCCCCCGUGUGCCUCCAGGGUCUCCGAUGAUGCAAAACCAGGCCUGAGGCUGUGGCCUGCAGGUGGCCUGAGCAGGUCCCCAUGCCAGCCUGGGUGCCCAGGUCCGGCUGCCCAGGGGCCGCUGGGGGCAGAGGCAGAUGCUAGGUCCAGGCCGUGGCCUGCAUCAGGCCCUCAGGGAGAGGAAGGGGCUCGUGGGGGUCGGGACUCCUGGUCGCAUGCACCCUGGACCCCAGGGGGCCGCAGAGUGGGGUCUGCUGUUCCACCAGCCCCGAGGACCUGCGGGUCAGUAUUGCACUCGCUGUUUUUUAUAAAGGAACUCUGGAAGUGC